CAGCGUCUGCAAUUUCUUUUUCGUUGAUAUGCUGCAGUUGUGUUAGUUUCAAGUUACUGUGGCACUUGCUAAAUGAUUCCAACAAAGCAUAAUAUAUCAGUAUUAUUAAAGAUUAACAGUAGUAUAAUUUACUAAGAAGAUACUUUCAUUCGACAGCUGAUCUUUUUUAAAAGUAUCUUCAUUUCAAAUUGCCGUUUCUCAAAGAUAUUGUAUUGAAGACAAAAUGGCGCAUAUGAGUCCGACUGCGACUUGGGAUAAAAAUACCGGUAUGCCUUUGAUGUGGAGUAGGCCAGUUCCAGUUGAUAUGGCUUGUUGGGUGCUCUAUAACAAUUUUGCAAAUAUGGAUAUCAAUGGUGGAGGACAGAAUGGAAAACAGCCAAAUGGGCAUCCAGCAGGGCGUUACAUUCCCCCACACUUACGUUCUCGCCAACAUUCUCAAGCUGAUCCUGCUGCUGUGAAUCAAACACAUUGGAAUAUGAACCAGUACAGUCAACCAGCUGAGCAAAAGAGAUCUCCUGAUUGGCAUAAUACCCAGAUGCAAGAUUGGGAUCGUAAAAAUCAAUACAAACCUAAAGGUGCUUUUAAAGAGGGUACUGUUCAGCCAUACGGCCAAAUGAAUGCAGCAAGUAUGCACCAAGAAUCUUACAUGAAUGCAACUAUGGCAUUGGAACAAGGUGAUGUUCAUAAAGUGAAUAUGCAAGGUGAUCAAUCUGGUGAUAAAAAUGCUCGUAAUCUUAGUUUCAAUCGAAACAAGAAGAUAGGGCCUGAUCAGUAUCGUCCUAACACAUUUCAACCAAGGAAAAAUGAUAGAACAUGGAGAGAUCCAGAUAGCAAAAUUGACUGUAGGGAUAAUAAUAGAUGGGAUCGUCGAUCUGGUAUGCAGAGAAAUGAUGACGAGGAAGAAGAUUGGUCUCGACCUUUGCCUAGAGAUGAGAGAGUUGAGAGACAAUUGUUUGGCCAAGGACAUACAGGCAUAAAUUUUGAAAAAUAUGAAGACAUUCCUGUCGAAGCUACAGGAGAAGAUUGCCCUUCUCAAAUAAAUAACUUUAUAGAAAUGCCUCUUACUGAGCUGGUUUGUUUCAAUAUUGAAAUGGCUGGUUAUAAGAAUCCAACUCCUGUACAGAAACAUGCUAUGCCUAUUAUAUUGAGCAAAAGAGAUUUGAUGGCAUGUGCUCAGACAGGAUCUGGUAAAACUGCUGCUUUUCUUAUGCCUAUAUUGAAUCAGAUCUUUGAAGAAGGGCCCCCAAAGAAUUUGCCUGUGAUAUCUCUACAGCAGAUUCAGCCUCGAUACCCUGGGCGUAUGAAGCAAUUUCCCAUGGCACUUGUGUUAUCCCCAACUAGAGAAUUGGCAUGCCAGAUUUAUGAUGAGGCAUGCAAGUUCUCUUACAGAUCGCGUGUUCGACCUUGUGUAGUAUAUGGAGGUGCUGAUCCUGUCCAGCAAAUGAAAGACCUUGAUCGUGGAUGUCAUUUAUUAGUUGCUACUCCAGGAAGACUUGUUGAUAUGAUUGAAAGAGGGAAGCUCAGUCUUGAAAUGGUGAAAUAUUUAGUUUUGGAUGAAGCUGACAGAAUGUUGGAUAUGGGAUUUGAACCACAAAUACGUCGCAUUGUUUUAGAAGAUAACAUGCCACCACUAGGGAAAAGACAGACACUUAUGUUUUCUGCUACAUUUCCAAAAAAGGUUCAGGAACUCGCACGAAACUUUUUGAGCAACUACAUUUUUCUUGCUGUUGGCCGUGUUGGUAGUACAUCUGAGAACAUCACACAAAAAGUUGUUUGGGUUGAUGAACAUGACAAAAGAUCAUUUUUGUUGGAUCUUUUAAAUGCUGCUGGACUGAAAAAUGCUAUGAAUUCACGUGACUCUUUAACUCUGACAUUCGUGGAAACCAAAAAAGGUGCAGAUGCAUUGGAACAAUUCCUUUCCAAAGAGGGAUAUCCUGUUACAAGCAUUCAUGGUGAUCGAUCUCAAAAGGAGAGAGAAGAAGCACUGUGGUCUUUCCGUACUGGAAGAACUCCUAUUAUGGUUGCAACUGCUGUUGCUGCUAGAGGCUUGGACAUUCCUAAUGUAAAGCAUGUUAUCAAUUUUGAUUUGCCUAGCGAUGUUGAAGAAUAUGUUCACAGAAUUGGACGAACUGGAAGAGUCGGCAAUUUAGGAUUAGCAACAUCUUUCUUUAAUGAGAAGAAUCGUAAUAUGGCAGUGGAUUUGGUAGAACUCAUCACAGAAACUCGUCAGGAAUUACCAGACUGGUUAGCAGCUUUAGCUAAAGAGGUUCAAGUAGAGCAUCGAUCAAGUAAUCAGCGUAAAUAUGGAGGAAGGAGAUAUGGUGCUGGAGGUUUUGGCUCUCGAGAUUAUCGUCAGAUUGGGCGUGAACGUGGUGGAAGUAAUGCCAAUCGCAGCGUUCCUCCUCCCAAUUUUACUUCUCCGAAUUUUGCUGCACCAUAUACUGGAAACCAUUUCAUGAACACGUACCGUAGCAAUUAUGGUGGAAAUUAUGCUGCACCUGCUACUGACUGGUGGGGAAACUAAAAUCACAUCAAUUGGCAACAUGUGUAUUUGAAUUUGUUCUGUUUUAAUGACUAGAGGUGUUUGUGCUCUGUGGUCAUUUUGCAUAAAUGUAUGCUUGUUGGAUUCAUUUAUCAUGCACAGUAGUUGAAAUUCGUAAUUUUAAAAAUUUUCUAUGUUAAAAAUUAAAUUUGUUGAAAACUGUGUUUAACAAAUGUGCAGUUAUCAACAGCAUGAAUGCAUGAAAUAAUGAGGAAGACACUUCUUUUUAUUUAAUAAAUGUUCUGCAUUAUGGUGACUGUGCUCUUUGAAUGUAAUAUUACUUCAUAAGUAGUAAAAUGUUUUGUGGCAGUAGUAGAAAUGUUUGCCAGUGGCUUUCUUUUAUUUUUAUUGCACUUAGUAUAAUCUAGUUGUAGUCUCUUUCAGUCCCCAUUGCUGCUAUUUAGGUUUUAUACACCAAAUAUCAUUGUAUAAAUUAUAAUCUCCAAACAGGAGAAAUUUGUCAUUAAUUUACCAUUAUCAUCUUAUUGCGUAGUAACUGAUUUAUGUAUAAUUUUGUUCCUGUGAUUUUGCACAUCUUAUGAAAACCACUGACAUUGUGGUGUAACUAAAUCGCAAUUUUGCUUUUCAGUCAGUUAACACCAGAUAGCGUUUUAGCAUCUGUGAAUAGUACACUUGAAAACUGUGUACCUUUCUACACCAAUUUUAUCAUUAUCAUGUCAAACUCAUUUAGAUAUAUUCAGCAUUAAAUUUCUGUUGAUUUUUAAUGAUUGUUUAUUUUACCAUUGUACACUACUUAGUUUUUGAAAUUUUCGUUUAGUUACUUUGUCUUUUAUUUAUUGAAACUAUCACAUGGAAUCUAUUAUCUCAUUUUGAGGUGUAAUUAUGUUUUUGUAUGUUUGUGGUAGUCUAUGAAGUUUGAGUUCUUUCUUGUCAUACUUUUUUUUUUUUUUGUUUAAUUUAUGAAAGUAAUUUUUUUUUACUAGAAAAUAUUGAAUAGUAUUGGUGUGGAAGCUGUAUGAAUUUUUGUAUGAGUGAAGAUGCUGAACUAGUGUGCUGUUGACAUUAGAGUCUGAAAAGCUUGAACUUGUAGCAGUUUCAGCAAUAUUGUAACAUUUACAUGUAAAUAAUAUUUCUAUAAAGUUCAAAUUUUUGUGUUCGUGAAAUUUUUUUUUUUUUUCUGGUACAAAAGUAAAAGUUUAAAACAAUGUCCAAUCAUAUCUGUCUGAAUUGAGAUAGGUAUGUUUUUAUUGAUAAUUAUGUGAAUGUUACAUGCUACAUCUGGAAGAAAAAAAAAAGCAUUUUUAAAGUUGAUCUAUAAGUAUUUUUAAUACUGCAAUGUAUGAACCAUGUUUAAGAAAAGCAGCAAGGGGACCUAUAUUACUAUUUAUAUCUUUAUAUGAAGUAUUAAUGUUUAGUGUGUGUCUGUGUAUGCGUUAGAUCUCUUGCGAUAUUUGUGACUUUUAAGUGUUUUUUGCCGUCCCAAAAGCGCAGUUGAGCCGAAACUCUUGUUUUUUCCAAGUUGGCAUUUACAUUGCAAAGUGACAAAUAUGAUGCUUUGAUUUUCUCCCCUAUAUGCCGUUAAAUUUUUCUGUUGCAUGUUGAACUUCUUCCAUUGUAAAAUAUUUAUUAGUUUGACAUUAUCUAAAUUAUAUAUUUAUAUUUACAACUUUUUGAAUGCCAUAUAUUGUGUUCGAAAAUUCCAGCACUUGUUUUUUGGGUGCUACAACUAGUUUGUAAAAAUGUUGGACGAUGUUACGACUUCAUUUGUUUUGUGCAAUUUUUUAUCCAUUCCUAAUAUUUUGUCACUUUGCUAUUCAUUUUCUUUUAUUAAAUUGUUCUAGCCAUCCCAUUUAAGGCAAUUAUUGUAGUUAUUGUACGAUUUCUUGUGGUCUUUUCAUGUGUGGAUUAUGUGAUUAUACUUGGGUAUUAUAAAACUCUGCUUUUUAUGCCUUAAAUGGGAUAAUUAGUGUUGUCUUGUUAAUAUGUCAGCCUUGCCAUUAAUAAGAGGUUGAUUAACAAAGCCUAUGGUAUGAAAAUAAUGACCGUCAAGGUUUAUAGUUUUAUAUAUAUAUAUAAUGUUCAUUUUUUACUGUACCUCAAAUAGGGGGUUCAAUUUUAGUGUAUUUUGCUCAUUAGGCAAAAUGUGGCAUAUAACUGCUCAUUAAAUGCUAAUAUUGCCUGUGAGGGAUUCAUGAAUAAAUACCCUUAACAAGUUAAAUGGCAAAAUAAAGUGAAAUGAAAAAUCAUUUAUCAUCACACAAAAUUAUGAUCAAUGAUAGCAUAGAAAUCCUGUAAAUUAACUCGAAAGGUUUUUAGCAAAAUCAGGAUUUAUUUAUGUGUUUUAUUAACAAUAUUCAAAAAUUUUCCGGUGAUUCUCAUAUAAGUUAAUGGGUAACAAGUCCUGUUACUGACUAUGAAAUAAGCUUUUCUGUAAAUAAGAUUCUUACAAGAAACCUAUUCUCUUGUGCAAUCUAAUAAGCAUUUCAUGUGUACAGAGCAUAUUUAAGAAACUUCGCAUUUUUUUACAUAUCGAGUAAAAUAGUUGAUAUAAUGUUGAGUUGUGAAAUUUUGUGCGAGUGAGAUAAAAUUUUACCCUCUUCUGUAAAUUAAGUUGUUCAUUUCUGGUGCUUUGUGACUUGUCAAUGACUAAGCAUUGGAGUUAACAUAGAUAUGUAACUGAUUUCGUGUGUGUGUGUGUGAAUAAGGCUUGUUAUUUAUUUCUGAGUAAUGAAAAUUACCAUUUUAUUUUGGAAAUAUCAUCAUUAGUCAGUUUGAUAUUAUGCAGAGAAGUAUUACGAUAGCAUUUGUUAAAAAGUAUUCAAAUAUCAAACAUAAUUUUUAUAUGUGAGUGAAAAGUUUUAAGGAAUGAUUCAAGAAAUGUGUGUAAGAAUAUUAUAUUCUUGCAUGCAUUUUUAAGUUAGUGAACAACAGCAGAUAAAUCAUGUGUGAUGUUAUUUAAUUUCUUUAAUCUCUGAACUGUGAUACUUUUAGAGUUACAGUUAUUUCUGUUUUUGUUUGUUUCAUUUAUCGUUCAGUGGAAUUUAGAAGUUUUAAGCCUUUUACAUAGGGAAAGAUAAAUUUCCUUGAGCUUGCAUUUCUUUUCUUUUUUUCCCUUUAACUUAAAAAUAUUUGUCCUGAAGUGAUUAGCAACUAGGUCUGAACUCCAUAUGACUUGUCAACAAGAGCUCUUCAAAAUGUAAAAUAAAACUAUUUGAUACUUAAAUGAUACAGUAUAUGGAAAAUUAUGCCUUUCAAGUUUUAACACUGCCCUUUUGAUCUUCAAGAUACGUUUCAUGCAGAUAUAUGCUAGGAGGGGCCAAAUUCUUCUCUCGUGCAGUAUAAUCCUGUCACACACAUUGCAUAUUAAUUUUAAAAUAAAAAAAAUGAUGGCUUUUAAAUUGUGCACACCUAUCAAAAGUGCCUGUAAUAAUUAAAUUUCUGCAUAAUUUUCCUGUUAUGUUUAAAUCUGAAAAUACUUUUAAAAUUCACAUCUUAAAAGGGAAAAAAAAGUAAUUAUGGUAGUUGUCUAGCUUUAUUAUUAUAUUUUUUGUUAAUACACUAGAAUCCAUUAUUGCUUAUUUUACCCAACCUUCAAUAGAUAUUUGUUAUGAACUACUAGAUUUUAAAACCUUUCGGAAAAGAUACUGUUUGAUCCCUUCAGUUUUUGUUGAGAAACAAAAAAAUGUGCUUGCAGUUAGAGAAGUGUUUUUGUGUUAUUUAUAAAAUAGGCUGCAUAUUUGUGUUAUGUAAGCACUAAAGUAAUUCAAAUGGUGCUUCCAGUUUUUCUUAGUUUGUGCAAGAAUUUUAAUUGUCGUUCGCUACUAGCGGCAGUGAUCAUGACUAUUGAUUAGUUAUGAGGACCUGAAGCAUAACUUUUUAAGUGGCCAUUGUUAUCAAUCUGUAUAUAUUAUUUAAUGAACAUUGUGUACAGGCCAAACUUUUCAUCAGUUCAUUUGAAUUUAACACCCCAUCUCGCAUUAAAACUUUCUAGUCUAUAAGAAACCUUAAAAAUCUUACUGGUGUAAAAUAUCUUUUCAUACCAUAAUCCUAUCACCUAUCAUUAUUUUCAUCAUUUUUGGUCAUGACAUAAGCUUGAAUUUUUUCCCCUUUCCUUUUUCUUUGGGCAUUUUCACUUUAUGCAUGAAGUUUUUGUUCUCAUUUUCUUUGCAACCUUUUAUUUUACCCCAUUUCAUAGCUAGACACACCCUAUCUAUGGAGAAAAAUGCAUUCCAUUAAAUGAUGCUCAGAAUUUUCCAAUUAACUUUGUGUAUAUUAGUGCCUUAAAUGCAUCUCGGUGCAUGUUUCCUGGGUACUCAUUUUCUGUAUCUAAAACGAUUUUUCGUGUGUGAUGGGGUGACAAAAAAAAAAAAAAAAUUCAUUUUGUACUUAAAUUGCAUUGCCUGUGAUAGCAUAGAUAUAUGCCGUUCACAGAUCUAAUUGAGAAGCACAACUGUCAAACUGUGACCAUUAUCUCUUAUUGUAUGUUUGAUUACAAGAUCUGAAUGCUGUUAGUGGAAGUAUUACACAACUACCUUGGGAGUUCUCAAGAAAUACUAACUACAGUCUCUCCGACUAUUGUAUAUAAUGUUAUUUUAAAUUUCCGAGUCCCUUGACACACUUAUAGUGAUAUUGUUGAAAAACGAAAUUCAGUACGAAUCAAAUUGAUGCUACGAGUCUUAGUCAUUUUUCUUUCUUUUAUCCAGAUAAUAUUUAAUGAAAUCAUUCAAUUUUUCAAAACACUUAAAAUCUACCUAUAGAGCUUUGAUACAUUGGGUAAGUUAAAUUAACUUGCAAUUUGGUACAAAGAUUUAGUGUUUAGACUUAAAAAAAAAGAAGAAAAAAAAUCCUGGUGUUUUUUAAAAGGAUUGAUUUCCAGGUAAGAGUUAAGAUCUUGCUUGUACAUAGGCUUUGUAUUAGAAUCAUGUGGGAUGGCAAAAAUAAAUUACUAAUUGAAAUAGUUCAUGUAUUUGUUGUAAUAUAUGGUUGAUUCCUCCCAAAAACAUUUUUAAGUGAGGUAUGAGACCAUUUUUUUCUAAUGUAAAACUUGCUGUGGAAUUAAAACUAACUGAAAGUGUU